AUGAGUUCCGUAUUUAAUGCCGACGUAAACGAAUUUAUCAAGGAUUGUAUGGCAAAUUUGGAAGGAAAUUGCUCAUCUCCUUUUGCGGAAAUCAGUAGACUGACUAAUUAUGCAUAUUCCGCGAGUCGGAUAUAUCAUCAUUGGCACAAUAAUCUUAAUUGGUGUUUAUGUCAUGAUCCUUUAACUCAGGGGGAAAAGAAUUACAUUGAUGUGUGGGUAUGUCAACACCGGCUACCUAAUGGUGAAAUUCGAUGGACUGUUUUACAGAAAGAAAUGCAGCAGGUGUUUCUUAAAUUACACAAUACAAACAAGAUCAAAAAUUAUUGGAGGUCCAAUCAACAUCGUACUUUAAGAACUGCCAACACAUCUGUACAGAAUGGUGGAAAUACAAAUCUCGUUCCUCUCUUGCCUCCCUCUGUUCUUUUAAAUAAUGGUAAUAACUCAACUUCAGCCUCUCCAACGGCAAUUCCUUUUAUCCUGGGAACUUCACGACCUUCCGCGUUGGAGCCCAGUUAUAACCUCUCCGAACCUCAAUUUAACAUGCCAUAUAAAAUGAGGCCGUUCUUCUAA